AUGGCCACCACCUCGCUGCCUAUAAUACCGCCCCGCGCUGCCUCGCAGUCGCAGCGUCCCAAGCUCUGCAUCAAUACCGAACAACCUCGCAUUCCCGGCAAAUGUGCUAGUCUACGACUCGACCUGCUUUCUGCCGUCUCGCCCACUGUGCGCAAUACCUUUUCCAACGCAUACGACCAGUCCGCCGCCACAGCUACAUCUGCCUAUACUGCCUAUACUGCCUCUGCCUCUGCCUCUGCCUCUGCUCCCGUCCUCGGGCGCCCCACCAAGCCCCGGCUGUCCAUCGACAGCAACUUCUCGUCGACACGGGCUACCCCUACAUCCACGCCAGACUCGGCCGCGACGCUGUCCUCUGCACUGACCUCGGCGUCUUCCAGUCAAUCCGCCUCCAGCUCAAUACCAUACAAGCAACCCCACAACCUCGCCUCCAUCCUCACAAACAGCCCUGCACGCUCCACACUACCCCGCAAGAUGACAACGCCCGCCCGGCCCAUGUUCCCGGCAGAAAAGCGCGUGUCUUUCCGUACGCCACUGGAGGAGGAGAUCACAACUGUCAAGUAUACCCUCGCACACUCAGACCUCCAGUCUUCCCUCUCGACACUGUCCUCAAAUGAAUCCACAACAUCUACCAUGCCAAGUGGUCCAGAGGCAGCCAACUUGAAGUCGUCCUUGUGUCUCGACACCUCGCACAGCACAUGCCCGCAUCAAAUAGCUGAACCCCCCAGUAAAUCUCCCAGCAGACCUUUAAACUGCAUGGAUCCUGCCACGGAAAUAUCCCCUCCUCGGAAAGCUCCUCGGAUCGGUGAGAAAAGAGACUCGUCCUCUUCGGAUGACGACAGCGAUUCAUGUCCGGAAACACCCGUGGCAGGACGCCGGAAAAGAACACGAGAUUGGCGAUGGACCCUUGGCCAGCUGGCCGGCAAAGGUGUUUCUUCCGAUGAAGAUCUUAUCGAGCUUGUUACAGGCGAGGAAAGUAAUUAA